AUGGUGAUUCGGGAGAGUGGAGAAAUUGAAUUUGAAGAGGCAGAGUCAGAUAAUGGAUCCAUGCCACCAUUGGAGGACGUUGGUGAUGAAGAUGAAGAUGAUUACAAGUAUCCGGUUUGUGGGGACUUAUCAUUGGUUGUUAAGAGAGCUCUAACGAUGUAUAAAGACGAGAAGGAAGUGCAACAGGAUAACAUCUUUCAUACUAGGUGCAAAGUCACGGAUAAGCAGUUCGAUGAUGUCUUUCCUAAGGAGAUUCCAAGUGGGUUACCACUAAUUAUAGGGAUUGAGCAUCAAAUUGAUUUUGUUCCAAGAUCAACAAUUCUAAACUGGCCGGCUUAUAGAAGUAAUCCAGAGAAGACAAAGAAACUUCAAAGGCAAUUUGUAGUUGUGUACUUUGAUGAUAUCCUUGUAUAUAGUAGGGGUUUAGAAGAGCAUGUAGGGGAUCUUAGGUUAGUAUUAGAUGUUUUUAGGAAAGAAAAACUUUAUGCCAAUCUUAAAAACUAUGACUUUUGUAAAUCUGAGCUUAUGUUUCUAGGUUUUGUGAUCAGUGCUGCAGGUAUCACAGUUGAUCAAGAGAAGGUGAAAGCCAUUCGAGAGUGGUUCAUGCCAACUAGCAUCACUCAAGUUUGA